AACAAAAGAAAAGAAGGCGAGAGUUGCAGACACACACAGGUGCCAAGGACAAGGAGACGGGUCUGAUAAUUUUCUCCUUUUCAGUCCACUACGCUUCUCUCUCUCUCUCUCUCUCUCUCUCUCUCUCUCUAAAUUCCUACGGUUUUCUAAUUCCCUCUCUCGUAUUUGCUUUCUCUUCCCAAAACCCCUCCACUCUCACUUCUUCUUGGAAAUUCAAUUUCCCCUUUUUGUUCUAUCUUCCUAUUUUCCUCAAUUGGCGAAUUCUUUUGCAUUUCGGGAAACGCCGGAAAGGUUGGUUCGUUCGGGUCAGGUUUGGGCCGUUGUAGAACCGGAUAAGACGAGAUCUGGCUAAAUCUAUUUCUUGGGUUCGAAAUUGUGAUCCAAUCGGAGCUUCAGUGAAUUACCGUUUUGGAUCCGAUCGGGGGAGAAACAGCGCCAUCAGAUGGCGCUGUUCAGACGAUUAUUUUAUCGGAAGCCGCCGGAUCGGCUUCUCGAGAUCUCCGAACGGGUGUACGUUUUUGAUUGCUGCUUCUCCACCGAUGUCUUGGAAGAAGAUGAGUACAAAGUAUACUUGGGUGGCAUUGUAGCACAAUUACAAGACUACUUUCCAGAUGCUUCUUUUAUGGUGUUUAACUUUAGAGAAGGGGAGAGGCGGAGCCAAAUUUCAGACGUGCUGUCUCAGUAUGACAUGACAGUUAUGGAUUACCCUCGGCAAUAUGAGGGUUGCCCACUGUUGCCACUAGAGAUGAUUCAUCACUUCCUUCGAUCAAGUGAAAGUUGGUUGUCAUUGGAGGGGCAACAGAAUGUGCUGUUGAUGCACUGUGAAAGAGGAGGAUGGCCUGUCCUUGCGUUUAUGCUUGCAGGUCUUCUGCUAUACCGUAAGCAAUACAAUGGGGAGCAGAAGACUCUUGAAAUGGUUUACAAGCAAGCUCCUAGGGAACUUCUCCAUCUUUUGUCUCCCUUAAACCCACAGCCUUCGCAGCUGAGAUAUCUUCAAUACAUUUCACGAAGAAAUUUGGGAUCUGACUGGCCUCCAUCAGAUACACCUUUACUUUUGGAUUGUCUGAUACUUAGAAACCUUCCACUUUUUGAUGACGGAAAAGGUUGCAGGCCUUUCAUACGUGUUUAUGGUCAAGACCCUUCCACACCGGCUAACAGAACUUCUAAGCUUCUCUUUUCAACUUUAAAGAAUGAAAAGAAUACCCACCUCUAUGUACAGGCAGAGUGUGUGCUGGUAAAAAUUGAUAUUCGUUGCCGUGUUCGAGGGGAUGUGGUUCUUGAAUGCAUCCACCUGGAUGAAGAUCUCGUUCGUGAGGAGAUGAUGCUCAGGGUUAUGUUCCACACAACAUUUGUACGGUCAAAUAUAUUGAUGCUUGGCCGUGAUGAUAUUGAUAUUCUUUGGGAUGCCAAGGAUCAGUUCUCAAAGGACUUCAGAGCAGAGGUACUUUUUCUGGACGCUGAUGCUGUUGUGCCUAAUCUCACCACAGUUGUGGCAAGUGAAGAUGGAAAUGAGACAGGGAGUGCUUCACCUGAGGAAUUUUUUGAGGUGGAAGAGAUCUUUAGCAAUGUAAUGGAUGCACAGGAAGUGAAGGUGGACUUCCACAGGUCCAUGACUCACAACAAUACUCUUAAAGAUAUAGAUCAGAAAGAAGUCUGGAAGGAGGAUUUAGAUCCUCAUGCAUUCCUAGACUGUACGUCAGAUGAUGGGAAACACAAAAAGGACAGAAAGGCGGAUUCUAAUAUUGAUGCGGUGAAGGACAUUGCUGUUGACGACGUGAAGUACAAGCUGGAUGAGGUGGAUUCAAAUCUCGAUGCAGUGAAAGACAUUGCUGUGGAUGAUGGAGAUAUGAAGUCAAAUUCCAUCCUGAUUGCUGCUGAUGUGCAGAAUCAGACUGGAACUAAGGAAGUGGUAGAAGAGGUGUGUCGGAAAUUGGAAGAGAUGGAAGAUAUAAUUAAUGAAGAAGACUCGGCUAUACAGAAGAGGUUCGAGACCAAGAUUUCACAACAAAAAGUGAGUGCUGAGGUCUCUAGACAAAAAGCUGAGAAAUUGCAGCCACCUGCUUCUAGGAAACAGCCUUCAUUGAACACAAAAGUAGCUGCAGAAACAACUGCAGCAAAACAGAAGACUAAACAACUAGAAACUCAGGGUCCUUCGGCAAAAGUAGCUAAACCAAACGCAGUAUCUAGGUGGAUUCCCCCUAACAAAGGCUCUUAUACUAAUUCAAUGCAUGUUUCAUAUCCACCAUCAAGAUAUAAUAGUGCACCAGCUGCUUUUGCAAGUACUGCUUCCUCAAAAGAUACAAAUGCAAAUGCUAAAUUGAAGGCUUCUUCUGGGACUGUAGUUUCGAAGGAUGUGGAAAAUGAACCUAAACAUGGUAAGGUGGAUGCUUUGAAGCCUUCAAAGUCUGCACCAGAGACACUUACGGAGACACUUACGGAGACACUCACAUCCUGCUUGCCAUCAACACUACCACCAAUUCAAGAGACAGAGUCUUCCUCUAUUAUAACAGCACAUAUUGGCCUACAACAAGUAGUGCCCCCUCCACCUCCGCCUCCACCUCCUCCACCUAUGUCUCACAUCUCUUCAUUGUACACUCACCCUCCUAAGUCUUUGUCACCAGCUAUCUCGUUGUCACAGGUAGCUGCAAUAGCAACUCCUCCACCUCCUCCUCCUCCUCCACCGCCACCUCCACCGCCACCUCUUCUAAGUACAAAUUUUGUCUCCUUGAAGGCCCCUUCACCCUCGUCCUCUUUUCUAUCUCCUCCCCCACCUCCACCUCCACCUCCACCUCCACCUCCACCUUUAUCUGCUCCGUUAUCUAGCAGGCUGAAUACUGGUAUAGCUUUUCCCCCUGCACCUCCACCUCCCCCUCCCUUGCAAUCUGGUGGGCAGAAUAGUGGCACCAUAUUGCCUUCACAGCCUUCAUCUCUUUGGAAGGUUGGGUACUCUUCAGCUGCCCGUGUUAUGGUGGCAACUUCUCAAAAUUCACCACCUCCCCCUCCCCCUCCACCUCCUUAUGUUGUAAGUGCAUUGAAACAUCUUGGAGUUGAAGUACCUACCCCACCACCACCGCCGCCGCCACCACAUGCUCGUGUUACUCCACCUCCUCCUCCACCGCCGCCUCCUAUGGCUAGAGUAUCAUCUACUCCACCUCCGCCGCCCCCACCUCCUUUAUAUGGAGCUCCACCACCACCACCACCUCCAAUGCAAGGAGCUCCACCCCCUCCACCACCACCACCACCUCCAAUGCAAGGAGCACCACCCCCUCCACCACCACCUCCUUUACAUGGAACUCCACCUCCACCACCCCCACCACCAUUUUCAGUACAUGGAGCACCUCCACCACCUCCAAUGCAUGGAGCCCCACCUCCACCACCCCCUUCAAUGCGUGGAGCCCCACCUCCACCGCCCCCUCCAAUGCAUGGGGGACCACCUCUACCACCUUCAGGGCAUGGUGCACCUCCUCCACCUCCACCUCCUGGUGGAGGUCGUCCUCCUCCACUGCCUGGAGCACCACCUCCGCCACCACCUCCAGGGGGUCGUGGUCCUGGGCCUCCUGCUCCACCUGGUCCUCCAGGUGGUGCUCCACCACCUCCAGGAGGUCGUGGUCUUGGGCCUCCUGGGAGAGGGCGCGGACGUGGGAUUGGGGCUGCUGCCACAGGGCCUCGAAGGUCCUCCUUGAAACCACUACAUUGGAGCAAGGUGACAAGGGCGUUGCAAGGAAGCCUGUGGGAAGAACUGCAAAGACAUGGAGAGACUCAAACUGCGCCAGAAUUUGACGUGUCAGAGAUAGAGAGCCUUUUCUCUGCUACAGUUCCAAAACCUGCUGAUUCAGGAGGUAAAUCUGGUGGGCGCCGCAAGUCUACUGGUUCCAAAACUGAAAAAGUCCACCUGAUUGACCUGAGAAGGGCAAACAACACUGAAAUUAUGCUUACAAAAGUUAAGAUGCCGCUCUCUGAUAUGAUGGCUGCAGUUUUAGCAAUGGAUGAGUCAGUAUUAGAUGUUGAUCAGGUGGAAAAUUUAAUCAAAUUUUGUCCUACUAAAGAGGAGAUGGAACUUCUCAAGAAUUACACUGGUGACAAGGAGACGCUGGGGAAGUGUGAACAGUACUUUUUGGAGUUGAUGAAAGUGCCUCGGGUGGAGUCAAAGUUGAGAGUAUUUUCUUUCAAGAUUCAGUUCGGCUCUCAGGUUUCGGAAUUCAAAAAAAGUUUAAACACAGUAAACUCUGCAUGCGAGGAGGUUCGGAACUCUGGCAAGUUGAAGGAAAUUAUGAAGAGUAUUCUUUUUCUGGGAAACACACUGAACCAAGGAACUGCAAGGGGUUCUGCGGUUGGGUUCAAAUUGGACAGUCUACCGAAGCUCUAUGAUACACGUUCCAUUAAUAGUAAGAUGACACUCAUGCAUUAUCUUUGUAAGACCCUUGCUUCUAAAUCACCAGGACUUCUUGAUUUUCACCGGGACCUUGUCAGCCUUGAACCUGCAACAAAGAUACAAUUGAAGUCUUUAGCAGAAGAAAUGCAAGCUAUAAUCAAGGGGUUAGAAAAGGUCAAACAGGAGCUGGGGGCAUCAGAAAAUGAUGGCCCUGUGUCAGAGGUUUUCCAUAAGACAUUGAAAGAGUUCACUACUGUUGCUGAGACCGAAGUGACAUCUGUGACAAACCUAUAUUCUGUGGUGGGUAGAAAUGCAGAUGCACUUGCAUUAUAUUUUGGUGAGGAUCCUGCCCGUUGUCCAUUUGAGCAAGUUACUGCAACUCUCUCAAAUUUUGUUAAGUUGUUUCGGAAAGCACACGAAGAGAAUGGCAAACAGGCUGAAAUGGAGAAGAAGAAAGCAGAUAAGGAAGCUGAAAUGGAAAAAGCCAAGGGCAUUAAUCUCACAAAAAAGGCAACAAAAUAGGUGAAAAUGAUAGUUGUUAAGUUGUUUUGGAAAGCACACAAAGGGAAUUGCAAACAGGCUGAAUUGGAGAAAAAGAAAGCCGAUAAGGAAGCUGAAAUGGCAAGGCCAAGGGCAUUAACCUCACACAAAAAAGUAACACAAUAGGUGAAGAUUAUAGUCAUGCUACCACUGCAUGGGGAAAUUGAGCUCUCCUGCCAUACAUAAGAGUGUUCGGUUGCAAUGUUUCUAACCAGUGGCAAGGAGCAUAUUGUCUUUAGGACCCUGGUCAGAAUCCUUUUCUCAGUACUUGUGCAAAGGAAAGCCCUUCAAGGUUUUGUUUGGAUGAGGGGAAGGGGCAACUAGUUGAGUCCUCCGGCAUUUGAACUGAAUGCAUGAAGCUUAACUUAUACAUGCUUGACAAGAUGUUCAAUCAGAUGAUCAUGGUCAACUGAUCAAUCAUGUUGGAUAUCGUACAAAGGGACCAGACCUUGGCUUUCACUCGACAGUUCUAUACCAUUAACUGAGAAGCAAAGGUUCCCUAGGCAAUCUGGUUUCGAAUGCCAUCAUGAUGUCGGAUCUGGCCCCUCUGGCAUCCUUCUGAGAGAGCAAGUUCAGUCUUGAUUCAGCCUAGGAAAUCUGGUUCUGGCUUUCACCAUUCGUUUGGCAUAAACUGUACAGCACCAAGGAAGAUGCCUUUGGGAUUGUAAAGCACACUCCUGCUGUACCAUGAAAUCGUGUACAAAUCACACUAAUCCUCUCCUUAGUUUAGAAUUCAAUUCAUUUUCCUGUAACAUAACAUUUAGUUCCUCUUUCUUUUUCCUCGUUACAUCAAAAUUUUGGAUAGGACCCCGUCAUGAUAGAUGUUGUAUAGGUAAAUCAGGCUAAGAAAGAGAGUAGAAGACGGGGAUUUUUUAUUUUUUAUUUUUCUUUUAGUGGUAAUUGUAAAGUAACUAUAGGCUGAUUUAGAAACUGCUUGUUUCGUUCUUAUGGUUAAUUUAUGAUUGAAGAACGAAGAUGCAA